AUGCCGCCACAUCUCCCCGAAGGAGGCAAGACCCUCGUCUACUUCACUGUAGAUGGCCACGAUGUUAAGCUUGACUACUAUCUACCACCCAAUGCGAGCGGAAACCUCCCCGCAAUCAUCUACUACCACGGUGGCGGCAUGACCGCCGGCUCCCGCCGGGGCAUGGGAUUUCCACACUGGCUAUACAACCACUGCCAACAAAAGAACUACAUCUUCAUCUCUGCCGACUACCGUCUCUGCCACCCCACCACAGCGCUCGACCAGAUUGAAGACGCGAAAGCCAUGUUCCGCUUCCUAGCAGGAGACUUCCAGAACUCCCUCCCAGAAGGCACAUCGCUCGAUACCACCCGCGUCGCCGUAACCGGCUUCUCAGCAGGCGGAUACUCCGCCCGCGCUGCCUGCAUUUACGCCACCCCCAAGCCCGCAGCCAUGCUAACCGGUUUCGGCAGCGCUGGCGACUGGCUCCUCGAUCACUGGACAACCGGCCGUCCUCCCACCUCCAUCGCUAACAGGGUGAACCUAGAUGAAGUUCCCAAGUUACUUGCCGAUAAGACCGUCGUCAGUGACGACAUGCCCGAAGACGGGGGUGUGAUGACGAACCGGUUCGCGCUGACGGUUCGAUGGGAACUGGACGGGACGUUCCUGGAUGGGUGUUUGGGACGGCCUGGGCUUGGUGCGGAGCUCAAUAAGCUGGAAUAUGCGCAGCGGGCGGCUGCUAUCCCGGAGGACUUGAAGCCGGCAUUUUUGCAGUUGCAUGUGACAGGGGAGCAUCCGCCUGCGGUGUUUGUGCAUGGGACGGCGGAUGAUGUGGUACCCGAUAAGGAGAGCAUCAACCAUUAUGAGCAGCUGAAGAAGUUGGGGGUAAAGACAGAGCUGUUGCUUGUUGAGGGGGGUGCGCAUGGAUUAAUGGAUUUCAGCCAGGGAUUUCCGCCGAAGCCGGCUAAGGGGUCUGUGGAGGCGUAUAACAGGGGUUUGGAGUUUAUUGAUGAGGUUUUCGGCCGCGUCUAG